GCAGACAGACUGAUUUGCCUAAAGUUACCCAAAGUAAAGUUUUAAUAGAGCUGAAACAUAAUUUGAACUUUCCAACGUGAGGACUGAUGAAUUAUUUUCAUAACUUGGCUGGGUCCUUUCCAUGAAAGGGUCUGCUGUGAAAACAAGCCACCUUUAUGUCCAAAUUCUCAUCUUCUGGAUGUGAAUUAUUCCUGUGACUAGGCAAGUAGCAAACACGAGGCCCAUGCCCUCUCCUGUCCACCUGCUCUCCUGCAGAAAGGCUAUCUUUCCCCUGUGGCUCCAACCCAUGCCCUGCAUGUUCUUUUCUCACAGCCUGACCGAAAAAAAUUAAAUCAGAAAGAAAAUCGCAAAGGACAUAAAAAUAUUGAGGACUGUAAAUUGCCUUGGAGCUACCUUGCUUCCUUACAGGGCUGCUGUUUCAUACCACACCUAGUCAUUAGAAUCAAUAAUUGCCCAUGCAGUUAAUGUUUGAGCUGCUGAAUCUCUGAGGGCAAGUCUGAGGAACUAUAAACUGGAUAAGCACAGGCAGACAUCCCCAAGCUGUGCAAAGGUGAUUCCCACAACUGAAAGAAAGAAGCAUUUUUAAAGCAAAAUAAGCUUCUCAUGUUACAGGAGCUGAAGCAAAGCAUAUUCCAGUAUGCUUAAGCUGUGUGGAUUUCCAUUUCUGCUUCUCAUUCACUCGGCUGUGUGGCUCAGUGUGGAGGGCCUGAGUGUCAGUGGGCCUCUGAAGGACAUGGACUUCUCUGUGCAAGAGGGAGGGGGUCCACGCAUCCUUCACCAGUUCACACUUGAGCCACCUGCUGUGAGUUUCAGAAUGUCUGGUGAAAAAGCUGGAAUUAUUGACAUUGAGCCGAAGACAGGCAUCCUGUAUAUCAAUGGGUCUCUGGACUGGGAGACCAAGCCAGUGCACAAACUGCAGGUGGAAAGUCUGGAUGCAAGUGGAAGAAUUGUUCAAGGUCCAAACGCUGUUACAAUAUAUGUGGAGGAUAUCAAUGACAACCCACCAAAAUUUAACCAGACAAGGUACUUUGGAGUAGUGAGGCAGAACUCUCGUCCAGGCAAGCCCUUCAUGCGUGUCUAUGCCACUGACCGUGAUGAUCCUACAACUCCCCAUGCACAGCUGUCAUACAGCAUUUUCCAUCAUUUUCCCAACCCAUAUAAAGAAAUGCUUUUCCAGAUUGAUAAUGCAACUGGAGAAAUCUCACCAAGCAGGACAGGCUCUUAUUACUUGGAUCCUCAAAAGCAGGAUACCUUCACACUCGUUGUCUCCGUGAAGGACAUGGGAGGAAAGACAAUAAAUGCUUUCACCAGCAGUGUCGAUGUGAUCAUCUUUGUGAGGGAGAGCCUGUGGAAAGCUCCCCCCAUCAUCCACGUCAAAGAAAACUCAACUCAGGUCCACCCUGUCAACAUCAGCAAGGUGCAGUCAAAUGAACCAGGUGUAAUUUAUGACAUUUUUGAAAAAGAAAAGCUGCCAAGGCUCCCAUUUUCCAUCAGUGAGAAUGGGGAUAUUUAUGUGACUGAACCAUUGGACAGGGAAGAAAAGGAUACUUAUACAUUCUUCGUGGUGUCCAAAGAUGACACAGGAGAACUGGUGGACAAGCCUUUGCAAAUUCAUGUUAUUGUGGACGACAUCAACGACAAUCCCCCUGUGUGCCAGCAGGACCUCACUGUAGUUGAAGUUCAAGAAAAUGAAAUAGGAGGAAGUAAUAUUGGCACUGUAUUUGCCACGGACAUGGAUAAGAAGGACACCCUUAACUCUCGUCUGCGGUUCCAAGUCCAAAGUCAGGAACCUGAAUUUCCCUCAAAGGACCUCUUCUAUAUCCAGCAAGACACUGGGACUUUGCAAUUAACUGGCCGUUCCUUAAGCAAGCGUGAAUCAGCCAAGUAUUUCUUGAAGGUCCUGGUGACAGAUUCAAAAUUUGAAACAAUCUGUGAUGUGGAAGUACAUGUCAUCGACAUCAAUGAUCAAAUUCCCAUCUUUGAACAAUCAGAUUAUGGCAAUGUGACUGCAGCAGAAAAUAUCCCAAAAGGAACUGUGCUAUUAGAAAUUCAAGCUACUGAUGGAGAUGAGCCUGGCACAGGGAGCUCCCACAUCAUUUACCAAGUGAAGGAAGGCGAUCCAAACAACACAUUCAUCAUAGAGACAGACUCUGAAACAAACCGAGGGUUCCUCAAGGUUAACAAGGCUCUUGAUUUUGAGACGACAGCUGUGUACAACCUGGUGAUCAACGCCACAAACCCUGAACCGCUGGUGCCAAGUGUGCAGUACAACUCAAGCUCUCUCACCACGUUUAAAGUUUUUGUAACAAAUGUGGAUGAGCCACCUGUUUUCCUGGAUCCAGUUUACAAAACAGAAGUGUCUGAAGACAUUGCCGUCGAUACCUUGGUCAUGAUGGUGGAGGCCUAUGAUCCUGAAGGGGAUUCUGUACGGUACUCCUUGGAAGGUGACGUGAGAAAAUGGCUGAGAAUUGAUUCAGCCACUGGGCAGGUAUACACUGCUGCCCCUCUGGAUCGAGAAAAAGAAGAAAUAUACUCUAUAGAGGUUGUUGCAUCAGAACUAAAUAAUGCAAAUCAGAGAUCCAGAGUGUCCUUGGUUCUACAAUUGCUUGAUGUGAAUGACAACCCUCCACAAAUAGCUACGGAUCAUCCCACUUUCUUCUGCUACCCGGUCAGUGGAGGAGAGAGAACUCUGAUUCGAGCUACUGAUGCUGAUGAACAGCUGUUCUAUUCAAAAUUCACUUUUUCCCUUGCAAAUGAGAUGAAUGCAAGAAAUAAUUGGGAAAUCUCAAAAUUCAAUGCUACUCAUGCUUACCUGUCCCCGAAACAUGCUAACUUUGAAGAGAAGACGUAUGAUGUUCCAAUAAUACUUAAUGACAAUGGAAAUCCACCUUUGGAAAACAAAGUGAAUCUUAAAGUAAGCAUCUGCAAGUGUUCCAGUGAAAAUUCGUGUUUUAUCGAAAUAGACCCGGAGCACUCCUGGCCAACAGUUGGGCAAGCAGUUGGGACUCUACUUGGGGUCCUGCUCAUCAUAGGUGCCAUUUUAACCGGUGUGUUUUGCCACAUGAAACACAAAGAGAAAAAUGAAAAGAGCCAUCCCAAAGAUGCAAAAGAUAGUGCUGAGCUCAACAGACUGGCUUAAUGACUCUUUCAUCAAGAGACAAAACCAUCCUUUGGGUUGUGAAACAGCGAACUGUGAAGCUUCCACAGCCCAGAGGUGUGCUAUCACAAACAGGAUAAAAACAUGCAAAAGUAGACUCCCAGGGGUUUGGCCUCACUUUUGUGUGUAAUACUAUUUAGUCACAAAACAUAAAACAGCAGCACCCAUUAAUAAGCACAUCAGCUUUCACUGAAGUAACUCAUGACAAUACCAAAUGCUGAGCUCCUUCAGGGAUCUAUACAUGGGACCAGUCUUCUUCAUCUGACAGCUGAAGUAAAUAUGGACUUUAUAGAGGACUAUAUUUUGUCAACCUGCACAUAUUUGUCUCUUUCCAACUCUGUAAGUCACUGAAGACUAGAUUGGACUAUAAGGUCCUACAUUUGAAGACACCCCAUGAAGUUGUAGGAAUCUCUCUGACUCUCAGAAAAGGAGAUCCCAAACUUAUUGCAAUCUGUAAUUUGCCCUUGGUCAUGCCUGCUUACAUUGUGCUGAAUUUUUACUAUCAAUGUGACAUUUCAAUUUUUCUUUUUUGAUAUCCCACAGAGUAAAACCAGUUUGUGAAGCACCAUGUCCUUUCAUUACUGUUUCUAAGUUAAAAAAACCCACGAAAUUAUGUGGGUAAUAUGCUGGUUUGACAUAUUGCUGCAAAUAUUGCUCUUGCCCCCUGUUCUAUCUUAUAAGACAAGAAUAAAAAUGUUCUUUAAAGAUUUUAGUCCCUGCU